AUGAAAGAUCUGGGGCCAGCGAAGAAUGUAUUAGGGAUUAGCAUUAAACGCGAUGAAGAAACAGGACAAAUUCGACUAUCCCAGGAGCGAUACAUUAAAGAGACAAUUGAAAGAUUCGGUAUGCAGGAAGCAAAAAGUGUGUCAACUCCAAUCGAAUCAAAUACGAAAAUUACAACGGAGAUAUGCCCACAGACACCUAAAGAAAUAUACGAAAUGAAACAUAAACCGUACCGGAAAUUAAUUGGUGCGCUAAUUCAUCUUGCAAAUGCCACACGUCCUGAUAUUGCUUUUGCAGCCGCUACACUAAGUCGAUUCUGCGUUAACCCAGGAAAAAUGCAUUGGAUCUUCGCGAAACGUGUACUCUGCUAUCUUAAAGCGACAUCGAAAUAUUGUAUUACAUAUAUAAGAAACAACGAAAAAUUAAAAGCAAAUUCGGAUUCAGACGGGGCAGGAGACGUCGACGACCGGAAGUCGUGCACGGGAAAUCUAUUAGUGUUAUCGGGCGGUCCAAUAAGUUGGAAAAGCGUAAAGCAAUCGUCAGUCGCUCUAUCUACGAUGGAGGCUGAAUACGCCGCCCUUGCUGAAGUGUUACGAGAAGUUAUCUAUGUUAAAAGACUGUUAAAUCACAUAGACUUUAAAGAACAAAUAAGUGACCCGAUUGAUGUUUAUUGUGAUAAUCAAAGCGCUAUUGAACUAUCAAAAAAUGCAGUUCCAUAA